AAUAAUGUGUACUUUUUUUGGAUACAACAAAAUAAAUUAGCUAUUCAAUGAGGAAUGAAAUGUGUAGUUGGCAGGAUAAGCGUAAUUAAGAGUUGUGAGGUUAUUAUUGUCAUAGAAGUCCUAUUUCUUUUCCUUUCAUUUCAUGAACUUUGUUGCUUGGUUUUAAAGAUAAAACUGUUCCUUUCCAAGUUAAAAAUUGAUAAUUGGGAAGAUGUAUGUUUAGGCAUAGACAGUACCUAUUUUGCUAAUUAAUAUCAAUGGCAACAACCGUACAUUUCUCUCCUUUCUUUUGUGCUGCUUUCUCGAGCAACAAAAACUUGAACAAGUGCUGUUUUGGUUCUGUUGAAGCACGCAAAUCUAGUUUCAGAAGCUUCAAGGCGAGAGCCAUUAAAGAGAAAACAGAAGAGAGGAAAAAUCCACAAUCAUCAUCUUCUUCUUCAGCUGAAGAAAUUGCCAAAAAGUAUGGUCUGGAAGCUGGUCUGUGGAAGAUAUUCAGCACAAAAGAGGAACAAGAUGGAGAGGAAAAGAAAUCAAAGGGUGAGCAAGCAAAGGAGCUGCUAGCAAAAUAUGGAGGAGCAUACCUGGCCACAUCAAUUACUCUCUCCUUAAUCUCCUUUUCUCUCUGUUAUGCACUCAUUAGCGCAGGCAUUGAUGUCCAAGCUUUGCUGCAAAAGGUGGGAAUUUCAACUGACGAGGCUGGGGAGAAAGUUGGGACCUUUGCUUUGGCGUAUGCUGCGCAUAAGGCUGCAUCUCCAAUUAGGUUUCCUCCAACUGUAGCUCUCACUCCCGUUGUUGCUUCUUGGAUUGGAAAGAAAGUUGAUCAAGACAAGUAACUCACCUUCAAGUUACUUUUUUUUUUUUUUUUUUUUUUUUUUUUUUUUUUUUUUUU